GGUGUAGUGAGAGCAGUGAUCUGUUGCGGUGACAUGUGCACAGUGGUGCCCGAUUCCGGUGAACUAGAAAUGGAAACAGUUGAAGGCUCCAAAAUGGAAGUGAAGAUUCAUUUUGCCGGUGAAGUGGCGCAGCUUUUUCGAGCUGAUCUUGAAACGGACAGUGUUUGUUUUCGUUUCAGAGCUUAUUUUACCUGA